GCCUCACCAUUGCCGUUAUAAUCAUUCGAAUGUUAUGUAGCAAUGUAAGAGAGACGCCGUUCCGUUUUCUUCGAUUCAGUCAUAAAGAAAAUUUUUGCGGGAAACUACUUUGUUCCCCGCGUCGUCAACACGGCAUCCCUGCAGACUUACUGUAUUACUUAGUAAUCAAUUUCAAAGCCCAACCCAGCGUUGGCAAACGCUAGCUUAAGCGAGAAAACGCCUGUAGUAGUCUCUUCUUCUUGCCUGCCAAACCACCUCGUCUUACGUCACUCAGCUUACGUCACUCAAGUAUAUGAAAUAAACGAGAGAAAACCAACUUCGAUUUUCCCUGCCCCGUUGAGCCCUCACAAGUUUGUGUUACGUAGCAAGCAUGUCACAGAGAAACGAAGGCCGCGUCUCGACCGUGCAUUCGGUGCUCAGAAGCAGGGCGAGUGUCGUAGCUAGUGUCGGUCACGACAGCGGCACUAGCCUAAGCCUGAGCAAUGUCUACACCAACGGUGCUAACAGUGCUGCGGCCCCGUUGCGUGUGGCGUUCACCCCUCAGGCUGUGUCGACACCCUUGCCCCAUUCGCGCGCCCUCCCCCCCGUACCCUCGAGUGUGUCCCCGAAUGUGUCCCCAAUAGAACGUGUUAAAUCACCACCUACGAAAACUAAACAAACAAAUUUUAAUCCUGCAAAACUCGCCAAGAACUGCCAGAGUCUCACGAUACCGUCUAUUCAAGAGCAGCCCUGGACAUCGGCAAAGAAGAAAGGCGCUGUAGCCGCACAAUUCAAGACUCAGCAUAAAUCGUCUGAUGCUACUAGACGACGUCGCAAUGUCGCAGGCUCGGGUGGCCACCCUGUGGAGGAUUUGCGCCGAAUCCAAAAUUUUAAGGAGCACAUGCUGGAGCUGCAGCAGCAGACGCCUAGGAGGGCGUGGGUGCAGUGCGACGACUGCGACAAGUGGCGGGAGCUCACCGCCGCGGUGGACCCUGCAAACCUGCCCGAGCGCUGGACCUGCCCCAUGAACACUGACGCGCAGUAUUCGAGCUGCCAAGUACCAGAGGCCAUCUUUCCCAGCGACGACCCAGACUACUUCGUAUACACUAACUUCACACCCGGCUCAGUUGUGUGGGUACAACAAGGCAGGACUCGCUACCCCGCCAUGGUGGACGACGACCCUGACACUGACAUCUUCUUCCGGCUGCCCAAAAACAGCAACCGCCCGAAUUGGUAUCACGUGAUGAACUUCGAGUCGCCGGUGUGCCGCAACUGGGUGCGGGCCAAGGCCGUGAGCGCCUUCACCGACAAGGACGCCAUCGCUGCUAAGGCAAAGCGCAGCUCAGCCGCGGCAGUGAAGGCGGCCACCGCCAAGGCUCUUCCCAUGGUUGAGCGAAGGAAGCGCUACUGUGUUGCUGUCAAGUUCGUCGUGGCAAACCGCGGCAACUUACUAACCAAAUAGUAAGUCAAAAUAAACGAAUACUUACUACAGCAAUUCUAUCACAUUCUGUUUAUGCGCUUCAUCAAUAUUUGUAAAAAUUCGCACUGAAGUUGAUGGAUGAUGUUUGGCAAUUUGGUGUCGGCAGUAAUGGGCUUCUGAUAGAUUCGUUCCAUGUGUUAUACCGAUGGCAAUCCAACGUUCCAUAGUACUGAGAUGUGAGUCUGUAAUGCGAAUAGCAGUUAGGAGUUGUUUAAAUUGCUUCUCAAUGUACUUUAACUGAAGUAUUAGUAUUAUAUAUAUAUAUAUAAAUAUUUUAUAGGUACAAGGGACCAAUCGAUAGCCUAGCGAGGCAGCCGGAGUCCCCCGAUGCAGAGCGCUGAAGCAAUUGGAAACAAACGCAAACUUUUCGUCUCUUAAGUCUUCCCUUUUGUCGUCUCUCCCUCGACGCUAUUUCGCAAAUACAUUUUAGUUGCGUAAGCACGUAAUGAUAGAAUUUAAAUUAUUUAGUACAUCACUGCCGUAAAUGUUUAACCCGUUUUUAAAGCCUGUUAAGUUCAUAAACCUAAUUGAUACAUUGGAAAUUUUUGCCUUGAACAUUUUUAACGAAUAGUUUCCUCAUUUUCAAUCAUGAGUAGUGGUGUUUUUCUCCUUUUUAGGAAAAUUGUUUAUUUUUCUUGGUAGAAUGUCCACGUUCAGAGAAUUGACGUAACUAAGUUGACUGACAGUAUUACUCCUCUUUAGUCUCUCCUGGGACAGCGCGUUCUCAUUUCGGUCAUAAAUAUUCAUUGCAGUUUGUUUAAAGAAUCUUAUUUCGUAUUGCGUUCUACUCAGAGUAACCCGAUUACUUCGGUUUGAGUUGAUAUAAUUUUAAGUUCAGGUUGGAGCUUUAGUCGCAUCACCUUCUGCCGGAUCACAAUUUUACUGAUAAAAUUGUAAUUUUAUCAAUGAGUGCAUAGAACUUUAUUUUUGUUAGUUACAUCGUAUUGUCGAAGAAAGGAAUGUUGGUUGGGCAGAUGUGUCCCUGUUCACCGAUUACUUCGAAGAUUUUUCUAUUCUUUGAGAGGAUAAUGGCUGGAAUAAUAAAUGUUGUGAAGAAAAUUAUUUCUGUUACUGUGUUUUACGGUUCUUUCUUAGUUAUAAUUUUAAUUGUUUCUUUGCUGGUAUUGAUGGGUCUUGGAACAUGGUUUACUUGCAUAUUGUUUUAAUCAAUUAUCUAACAAUGGUGAUUUUCUACUGUACUUCAUCUUAAAGAACAAAACUUUGAAAAUGAGAAUCUCUAUCUUUGGAAGUCCCAAAGUUAGGUCCUCUGAUCUCCGUGUGUGGAGCUUCUCUAUACGACAGUUUAUUAUGCUUUUACUUACUGCUUAGUUAGUAAUUAGUUUGGGGAGUACCUGUUGUUAUUUUUGGUGUGAGGCAAGCUGUAUGAUUGCGCGUGUGAAGCAUUUUCCAGGGUAAUAUUAAAAAUAUACUAUGCAAAAAGUUGAUUUGAAACUUCUAGUAUAUUGUGGUGCAAUGGAACAUGUUAAUUUUUGGUAUACUAUUUGAUGAAAGUU